AUGUCUUCUGAUGUUAUUCUAAAUUAUUACGAGUCCCUUCUACACAGAGAUGAUCUAGAUACUUUGAAGGAGGGUUGUUUCGUCAAUGAUAACAUAAUCACAUUCCAUCUGGAGUACCUUCGCCAUACAAAAUUAUGCCACUCGUCAAAUAUUCUUCUUAUGGAUCCAGCAGCAUCUCAACUUUUAAAAUUGAUGGAUGAGGAAUCAAUUAGAUUGGUGCUGGAUCCUCUAGAAUUCAAGUCAAAGGAUUGGGUAUUUUUAGUGAUCAAUGAUUCUGCUUCACGAGUUUCAUCUGGUGGAUGUCAUUGGUCACUGCUGGUUUAUUCACCACUUCUUGUACACGGUUUUUACCUGGACUCCCUGAACUCUAGUCCUAAUUUUUCAGAGGCGAUCACUUUGUGUAACAAGUUAUGCACCUAUUUAGGUGUUUCUUUUGUAGAUAUGAAGCUACCUAAUGUCAUAAAGCAAAACAACGGAUAUGAUUGUGGAAUAUUUUGCAUGGUAUUCAUAGAAAUAAUAUGUGAUAUGAUAUUGAAAGGUGAUAUGUCCUGGCAGAUGAGUCUGUCCACUGACAUGGUUUCCCAUCAAGUAAUGCACAAAAGGAAAUCGUUACUAGAGUGUAUCUAUGGCUUAUCCACAGCAAAUGCGUAG